UGCGUCAAAAGCGAUGUGAACUGCAAGUUUGCAUUUGAACUUUACAAAAGAACAAUGGAUUCAAAAAUCGAAACCCAUGGAAGAUGUCUUGCAGAUUCUCUUCUAUACCGCUGUCACUUAGAGUCAAAAAGCGAUGCUAUUGUAACUUACGACAAGGAAAACCAAUACGCCAGUAACAACGCCUUGUUUGUAACUGCAGCUGAAGCUAGGAAAGUCCUUGAAAUGAACAUUGAAGAGCACUACGGGACCUAUGUGCAGAAGAACGAGGAAAUGAAGAAAAAGGUGCGCGAAAAAUGCGAUGAGACCAGCAAGAAGUCACUUGAACUUUACAAAAGAACAAUGGAUUCAAAAAUUGAAUCCCAUGGAAGAUGUCUUGAAGAUUCUCUUCUAAACAGCUAUCACGCAGAGUCAAAAAGAGAAGCUAUUGCAACUUUCAACACGGAAUGCCAAUACGCCAAAAACAACGCUUUGUUUGCAAUUGCAGCUGAAGUUAGGAAAAUCCUUGAAAAGAACAUCGACGAACAUUACGUGACCUAUGUUCAGAAGAACGACGAAAUGAAGAGAAUGGGGCGCGUUAAAAUCGUCGAGACCAGCAAGAAGGGAUUUGAGCUUUACAAAAGAACAAUGGAUUCAAAAAUCGAAUCCCAUGAAAGAUGUCUUGAAAAUACUAUUCUAAAUAGCUGUCACUCAGAGUCAAAAAGCGAAGCGAUUGCAGCUUACAACAUGGCAAACCAAUACGCCAUAAACAACGCUUUGUUUGUAACUGCAGCUGAAUUUAGGAAAAGCCUUGAACUGAACAUUGAAGAACACUACGGGACCUAUGUUCAGAAGAACGACGAAAUGAAGAGAAAUGGGCGCGUCAAAAUCGAAGAGACCAGCGAGAAGGCAUUUGAGCUUUACAAAAGAACAAUGGAUUCAAAAAUCGAAUCCCAGCGAAGAUCUCUCGAAGAAUCUUUUCUAAAAAGCUGUCACUCAGAGUCAAAAUGCGAAGCUAUUGAAGCUUACAACAUGGAAAACCAAUACGCCAAAACCAACGCUUUGUUUGUAACUGCAGCUGAAAUUAGGGAAAUCCUUGAAAAGAACAUUGAAGAGCACUACGGAACCUGUGUUCAGAAGAACGACGAAAUGAAGAGAAAGGGGCGCGUCAAAAUCGAUGAGACCAGCAAGAAGGCAUUUGUGCUUUACAAAAGAACAAUGGAUUCAAAAAUCGAAACCCACGGAAGAUGUCUUGAAGAUUCUCUUCUAAAAAGCUGUCACUCAGAGUCGAAAAGCAAAGCAAUUGCAGCUUACAACAGGGAAAACCAAUACGACAGAAACGACGCUUUGUUUGUAACUGCAGCUGAAGUUAGGGAAAUCCUUGAACUGCGAUUCAGGCCCUUCGAGAACUGGACGAAGAACUCGAAGAUGAAAUAUCAAUGUGGAGGAGAGGACGAAAGGUCCAAUAUCAAUGUGGAGUAG